UUAAGAGGCUUAAAUGACAAUACAAAGACUGUGGACUGAUCUUUUGCAAUGACACAGCAUCUUUAUUCUUAGAGACAAGGAGAAUAUAUAGGUUCAUCAUAAAGAUGACCUCAAGAAAUGCUGGUUACAAUAUACAAUUUUAAACUGUUUGUAUUGCUUAAGGAUACAGCAAAGUAUGUGCCGAUAGUUUAGUUAAUUCGGGGUUUAAUUAUGCAUUUCACAUGCCCAAGCGUUCUAGAAUGAAUUAGAAGGCAAUGCUAGCUUUUUUCCUUAUGUUUUCACUUGUAACAUAAGCCGUCAAUGAUUGGCCACGAAUAUAUAACUCGCAAAUAACACCAAAUAACACUUUUUUAAAACAACAAGUAUGCUAAGACUUUUGUCAAGAAUGCCAAUAUAAAAAAAUAAACAUGUUUUGUCUUGAAGAACGUGUGUUAUCUUUAUAAAACAGAACGGACUAGGCGUUCUAAGGAACAAACCUCUGGACACGAGUGCUGUUGUUAGGACGCCACUGAGUUGUUAAGUUAAGGCCCCCUUAGUGACAGGAGUGAAUGAGGACAUAAACACAUCGCCUGUUCAAAUUUAUCUCACUUCGGUCAACUUAUCUCUUGUAAGUCGUACGUUUAUCAAGCGAUUAAAAUGUAAAAAUAAUAAAACAAUAUUAGUGAAUAUUUAAAAAUAUGCAAAUCAAAGUAUGUUAUUUAAUUUUGCAGUAACUUUUAUAAGGGCUUCUAUUUGUGAGCCACCGCGUUGCUAGGCGCUUUUUGUUUUUGUUCGUCUGGACAGCAGCGCACUUCGAACAAAAGUUUGUUCUACAUUUACUAUGUAACGCUAAUUGUAUUGCUGUUCAGAGAGAGGUUGUUUUUGAUGAAAGUUUCUUGUACUAGUACUAUAGCCAACUUUAGCUUCGGGAGUAUGGGUCGUUAAAUAGACAUUGUUUUGCAAUUGUCUUACGCCUCGCAUUAUUAAGUCGAUCUCGGAAAAAAAAAACAUACACUAGCUAGCUUAGCCUAGUUUGCCAUGCUUUCCUUAUAUUUUUCAAUUGCGAAACAAGCCAUGGGGAGAAAACUGCCUAAAUGAUAUGCGUACGUGUGUCCACUUUAUACUGACUUGUACUAGCUUUUUACCUGAAAAGACACCGGACUGUUCCUCUGGGCCAAGGCUUCCUCGCUGAUGAUGGAUCAGUACCAUAUUUUGGAGGUUAUCGGGGAAGCAUUCGGCCGAGUGUACAAAGGCCGCAGGAAGUUUAGCGGCCAGGUCGUGGCUCUGAAGUUCAUUCCCAAAGUUGGCCGCUCAGAGAAGGACCUGCGCAGUUUGAAAAGAGAGAUUGACAUCAUGAGGGGGCUUAAGCAUCCCAACAUAGUGCUGCUUUUAGACAGCUUUGAGACAGAGAGGGAGGUGGUGGUGGUGACUGAGUAUGCAGAGGGUGAGCUGUUUCAGAUCCUGGAGGAUGAUGGGAGUUUACCUGAGAAUCAGGUGCAUGAAAUAGCCUGCCAGCUUGUUUCUGCCCUGUAUUAUCUGCAUUCCCAUCGCAUUUUGCACCGUGACAUGAAACCACAAAACAUCCUGCUGGGAAAAGGAGGAGUAGUAAAGCUCUGUGACUUUGGAUUUGCUCGUGCCAUGAGUGUGUCCACCCUGGUGUUGACCUCUAUUAAGGGGACGCCUCUAUACAUGUCUCCGGAAUUAGUGGAAGAGAAACCUUAUGACCACUCAGCUGACCUUUGGUCUCUGGGCUGCAUCCUCUAUGAGCUCCACACGGGGGCGCCUCCGUUCUACACCAACUCUAUCUUUCAGCUGGUGCAGCUUAUAGUGAGAGAUCCAGUGAAAUGGCCAGAGAACAUGAGCCAAGACUGCUUGAGUUUUCUGAAGGGAUUGCUAAUGAAAGACCCAGAGAAGAGGUUGUCAUGGCCUGACCUGCUUCAUCACCCUUUUGUUGCAGAUGGAGUUUUGAUGGUGUCAGAUGAGGUUUCAAGCAACCCCCUGACAGUCCCACCCAGCCCCGACCUACAGGCCCUGAAACACCAGCAGGCUGCUGAGAAAACAACGGCACGCAGCGGAGAGGGAAAACUACUGCGCAAAGCUAGAGAGCUUCGGGAGAAAGAGAAGAUUAAAAGACGGGAGAUUGAGAGUGGAAGUGCUGUGCGCGCCAGUCAGACACGCUGUAAGACAGCUUCUGCUGGAGGAGCCCCCACCACUAGCCACUCAUUGGGCAGCACCUUUUCAGUGUAUCAAAAUUCAUCUCAGCCAGCAACCAAUCAGCAUCAAGCAAAUGACAACAGUGUUACCAGAGUGCGGUCAGCUCCACAUAAAGGCCAGAUCAGUAGAGACUAUGAGAGGGAGUUCCCUUCGGUUGAGGUGGGACCCCGGAAGGUCCUGAAACGCCCUGGACACGCACGGACAAGUCUGGCUUCUGUCAGGAUGGACAGUGAGGAACAAGAUAUCGACAGUGAUUCUGAGUGGCAACGAUUGAUUGAAUUAAGUGAUCAGGGCCUUGUAAACACUUCCAUUCUUCAAAGGUUAAAGACCAAGUUGCUUGUAACCAAAAACCAGCUAUUGGUCAGGAAGGGUGAAGAGGCCUCUUCUAUUCUCCAGCCACUAACGAUCCUCAGGAACAUUGUUCAGAGCUGUCAGUCUGGUGAUGUUGAAACACUGGGCAAAGAGUUGGAACUGCCUCAUCUACUGUUCAGUCUGAUUGAAGACAUCCUGAACAUUCCAGAUCUAAUGCAGGAGUCACAGGGUGAGACAGUAUUGGGAAAUCUGAUGAAUGUGCUCAUAAUGUACCUGGAAAAGAGCCCAGGCUGGGAGAUAAAGGGGAGAAGAGCUGAGGAUCUCUGUCAGCUAUUUAUAUCGGUAUUUCUCUGUCGAGACCCAAAGCGUUCAGCGCUUUUGGCAACAGCAGUCUUAACCUUGUUCACUCGCCGUGGUAUAUCUGUGAAUGUCAGUAUGGAAAGGCUUUCAGCCUUUUUGGGGAAUAUUUUGACAGACACAGCAGAGGCACAUAACCCCUUACCUGCAGGUUGGGGCAUGUGUGAUGGCCUUCUGUCACUGAUUCUCCACAGACUAUCUGAGUGUGAAAGCAGCCUACUGCUCGACUUUAAGGACUCAGAGCUUUGGCUCUGCUUGUGGGCUAAAGUGAACACCACUCUGGAAAACACAACAUCCCAGAGUUGCCAUUUCUCUCCUAACGGUCUGUAUGUGUUCCUUUCACUCGCUUUAUUGGUUUUCUCCAGCGAUCCGUAUAACUGUAUGGCUCUCCUGUCAGAUAACUCCACAAACUGCUCCUCUGCCCUCAGCCACCUUCUCACCACCAGUUGCAGCGCUUCAUUGCUUGAGCGCGGUCUUUUCUGGGGUGACUCAGAAAUAAACAGCCUAUCAGUGAUGAGCUGUCAUCUUCUCUCCAUCCCCUUCUCUCUGGAGUUACCCCUAGAAAAACUUCUUUCUGUUCUCCGAUCGUAUCAAAGCUCAAAUAUUGUGGCCGGUCUAGUUAAGAUGAUUCAAACUCUUCCCGUUGCCCUGCUGGAGCUUCCGUUGUGUCUUCUGAAUCGUCUGCUGGUAUCUGACCCACAGCACACUGCUCCAUGCCUUAUCACUGCAGCCCAGGCCUCCGCUUUCCUCCCUUACAGCACAGAAGGCUCAGACAAUGGAGCAGACCACACUCAGAAUCAACUUAACCACUUUGGGAAUGGUGUGGAGCGAAUUAAGAGCAAUGGAAUCGCAAAGAAAACCAAGAUAGAUCAUAUCAAAGGUGACAUCAAAUCAAAGAAGAAGUUAGAGAGGCUCAAAGGCAACAUAGAUGCAUCUAAGGAAAAAAAUGAUUCCAUAAAGAUGCAAUACCAGCCGUCCAGAAACAAGAGUGAGAAAAUCAGAGAGGUCCAACCAAAAACCAAAAUAUAUCCACAGAACACCAUGGAACAACUAAGAGAUAAAAUAGAGCAGCAGAGCAGUUGUAUAGAGGAGCUCAUGGACAGUUUGGAGAUCCAUGGCGGUUCUGCAGGACGUCUCCAAGACCUCUCACCUCAGCCAGGGAGCAGCAUCAGCUGGCUUAUAGACAGUCUGGAGGAAUUAAGAAGUUGUGAUCACCCCAAGAUCCCCACGGCUAAAAUUCGAUCCUCACCAGAAGAGGUCAGAACAGCAUGUUCUCUGUUGGCUGUUCUGCUACAAAGUGAAUUUCUCAGUGGGUGCGCAGUGGAACUCCUUAUCCUUCUCUCCCAACUAACACGUCAUCUCACCCAACAAUCUUCCUUCUUUCUUCCUGUUGAAACCACCCAACUGCGGUGUGCAUUGCGCCACCGCAAUGACGGAAUCAGAGCGGCCUGCUGUGGCUUACUGGGCCACCUGGGCUCAGGUGUCAGGCAGGUCAUUGGUGAAUCAAAGUUGGACUUAUUCCAAGAUCUGUUAGGUUGCUUGUGUGAUCCUGCUCCGUCCGUUCGUAGGACAGCCUGCAAGGCUGUGGGAAACUGGCUGAGUGUAAUGGGAAAAACCGAUCUAACUCUUUCUAAUAAAGGUUUCAAGAAUACGACUGAAGAUAAUGCCUUGUCAGGACAAGACAAAUUGAGGAGGACACCAGCAAUGGAAGGCAUCAGACAUAGUGAGAGAGACGUAUGGAUAGAGCUCGCCAUAGGAGCUGCCCGUCCCCUCGUGUCUCUGCUGUCAGAUGCUGAUAAUGUCAUUCGACAGCACUGCUGUGGGGCUUUGGCUAACCUGGCUGCGUUUGGCGGAGGGGAUGGAGCACUUCUCAAUGCAGAUGCUCCAGGCAUGAUUCUCCAAACUGCCUGUAAUGAUUCCCAUCAUGCAGUGCGACGGGUGGCUGUGGCCACUCUGCGUGUGUUUAGCCAACAAAACACAUUACUGCAGGCUCUGAGGUCUCUAGAUGCAGGAAGAAAACUCGGUCGCACAUCCCAAAGCUCUUUAUUUCAGAGGGAUUAUCAAUGGCUUGUCAGCAAGUUGGACGGGUCGGUUGAAGGAAAAACAUAAACAUCAGCCUCAUAGUUUGUGUAAGAGAGAGGAUGGAAUUUUACAUUAUUCAAAUAUGGAUUGCUGGCUGCAUAAGCUUUCUUUUUGUCUAUAUUUAUUUGAUCUGUGAUCAAAAGAGUUUGACUACGUAUUCUGAGAAAAAGGCAGUAACUCGAACAUCCUCCAAAAAUAAACAUUAUAUCUUACAUUUAAAUGUACAUUUAGAUAUAUUUCAAUUGUAAGGUUUUUUAUUAUUAUUAUUCAGCGAAUGUUUGCAUUUUUGAUUCACACACGUAGCUUAUAUUUAAGACUGUUAAGAUUGUUUGCUCUUUUUUUCUGUAUAUAAUAACAAAACUGCACUUGUAUUUAUAUGAUGUGACUAUUUUGCAGCCUUAAUUGUUUGUAUUUAUUAUUUCCUAUUAUUUUAUAUAAAUUUAGCCCAGCUCAAAAAAUAAAUUGUAUCUAUGUAUCGAGAAAAAAAAAAAAAAAAAUCGGUGUUUAAAGGAUAUAUUGUAAUGAUGUAAAUGUAAGUCUUUGCGGGGGAUAAAAUUGAUAUUCGGAUAUCAUUAGUUACAUUCUUAUUUUUAUGUCUCCAUUUAUACAAAUCCUUAAAUAAAUGAAACAGAAUUUCA